CACAUGUUAAACGCGUUUCAAGGCGAUGCCGUCUUACAACAGUGCUUCGCUUGAUCUCAUCAUCGUCGGGAGAAUUCUUCGCUACAUUCGGCAUGGGUGAACCUAGUAAAUCUACGUCAAUAACUAACACUUAUUCAACAUAAGUGCUCUAAGCGAAUCAAGAGCGUUUAUCAUUCACCCACCGAGUGAAUACCCCCACGACAAAUUACGAAAGGCAAUAUUUAUAAAUAUUGCACGGGGAGAAUGAUGUACAUUAACGUUGCUGUUUGCCUCUCCGUUCUUCUGCUUGUGAUCGGAUUAUCCGUAGGGCUAACCGUGAGACCCUUUAAAGGACGAGACGCUCUCGACUCGGCACCUCUUAUCGAUGGCCACAAUGAUUUACCGUACAAUCUUUACGGGAAGUUAAAUAACAAGUUAUCGGACUACCCUUUCGAAAGCGAUCUAACUCAUGAUGAUGUCUGGGGAAAAACCGCUUGUUCCACAUGUUACACCGAUCUACCCCGUCUGAAAGCGGGGAAAGUUGGUGGACAGUUCUGGGUGGCGUAUGUAUCGUGUUCGUCGCAGUACAAGGACUCCGUACAGCUGACGUUACGGCAGAUCGAUGUGAUCAGGCGAUUUGUUGAGCGAUACCCGGCCAAUCUGCAAUUCAUCACCGCCGCGGAAGACAUCGAGCCUACGUGGAGGAGCGGCAAAAUAGCAUCCAUGAUAGGCGUCGAGGGUGGUCACUCCCUGGACUCGAGCCUGGCGAUCCUGAGGCUGUAUUAUGACCUCGGGGUUCGUUACGUUACCCUGACUCACACCUGCAACACACCGUGGGCCGAUGCAUCGCCCAUGGAUGAUGGAUACGUAUACAAUCUGACGGAAUUUGGACAGACGGUGGUUUAUGAAAUGAAUCGAAUUGGAAUGCUGGUCGAUCUGUCUCAUGUCUCUCACAAUGUUAUGAGAGAUGUGCUCGCGAUAACAAGGGCUCCCGUCAUAUUUUCGCAUUCGUCCGCUUUCAGCGUAUGCGGACACUACAGAAACGUUCCCGAUGACGUCCUUCAUCUAGUCAAAAAAAACAAUGGUAUCGUCAUGGUGAACUUCUACAGCGAAUUCGUAAACUGCAAUUCUUCGAGGAACGCAACAAUGGAGGAUGUCAUAAAACAUAUAAAUCACAUUCGAAAUCUUAUCGGAGUAGAUCACGUUGGUAUCGGCGGAGAUUAUGAUGGUGUAGGCUCAAUGCCGGUGGGUUUGGACGAUGUUUCGAAAUACCCCAAUCUAUUCGAUCGUUUAUAUGAGAGUCGGGAAGGCGAGCCAACGUGGACUAAAGAGGAUUUAGAGAAAUUGGCUGGAAGGAACUUUAUUCGAGUUUUCCAAGCUGUGGAAGCGGUGCGAGAUUCAUUAAAGUCCGAAUCGCCUCGAGAAGAUGUUAUAACAGGAAAUGAAUUAUAUAUUGCACAAAAAAGAGAAGGGCUUAAUCCAGGCUCAUGUCAAAGUGCAAUCGAAUGGAACGACGUAAAUACAACAGAUAUUGAACAAUCUGUUAGUUUAAGUACCAUUACAAAUAAAGCACGCGUAUAUAGAAGUCUUGAAGUGGAGGGUUGUUAAAUCAGAGACAAUGUGGAAACAUGUAAAAUGUGAUACUUUAUUAAUAUAAUUAAUAUUAAAAAGCAGAUAUGAAAAUGUUAGAUAA